CCUGCCUGAGCAAUACUUUUUUGAAGCCAGCUCUAGUUCCUGCAUUACAUUCUCAUUCACACAACAAAGGGCUACUGCACGCUUUCUUUUUAGGCAGGGUCAUAAGUAUUAUCUUGUGACUUUACUUGGAUUACUUACUCGCCAGUUAGUAAGAAGAUAAAAAAAAGGAUUUUCAAGCCCUGCAGAAUGUCUGGGUUUCUGGAUAACGUCAGGUGCGGAGAAUGUGAGUGCGUAGAUUGGGGGGAGAAGCGGAACGCCAUCGCAUCGAUAGCUGCUGGAGUAUUGUUCUUCACAGGAUGGUGGAUAAUCAUCGAUGCAGCAGUCAAAUACCCCGACAUGGACAGAUUCAACCACUCCUACCACGCUUGUGGGGUUAUAGCGACUGUUGCAUUCCUCAUGAUCAAUGCUGUUUCUAAUGGACAGGUCCGUGGGGAGAGCUACAGCGAUGGGUGCCUGGGACAGACAGGGGCUCGGGUCUGGCUCUUCAUUGGCUUCAUGCUGGCCUUUGGCUCCCUGAUCGCUUCCAUGUGGAUCCUCUUUGGAGGCUACGUUGUGCCACAGAAGGCAGAGGUGUAUCCGGGUAUAGCAGUCUUCUUCCAAAACGCAUUCAUUUUCUUUGGGGGUCUGGUGUUUAAAUUCGGGCGUACAGAAGACUUGUGGCAGUAAUGCUGCCCGCUUUGUAUUUCUGUUAGGGUUUGUCUUUGUAAACCUCUUGCCUUGGCACACCGUGUGGUGUGUCUAACUGGUCUUCUCUUUACCAUAUUUUAUAGCAUGGUGUCAGUUUACAGUAUGUAAUGUGCUACCUUUCUACUUUUCUGAAAACAGUGACGGUCAGACUGAUUUUGCCUAAUGUAUCAAUACAGUUCAAUAUUAGUGUAGUUUAAUGAUCUAAAUACUGCUGCCCUUCAGUAUUUUGUCCCCAUAUAAAGCAAUGAGGUGGAAAAAAAAAUUGAUGACUUUUUCAGCUAUUUAAAAAAAUAUUUCAUGCAUGAAAGAAAAGCUUGAGGAGUGUGAAACAAUGUCAGAGAUGAAACUGUAUGAUGAGCAUUUCCGUUUACUAUUCCAGUAACAAACACCUGUAAAGUAGAAUCCCUCUAUUUCAACCAGAAAAACGAUCUGCUAGGAAUGUCACUAUCACACUGUUUGUGCGCAUCCUUUAAACUUGUUUCAGAAUUAAUGCAAAGUGAUGCAUGUUGGCAGAAGAGUAGAUGUAUUGUGAUGUGAUUUUUUUUUUUCUUCUGUAUUGUAAUGCAUAUUUUGCGUAGUAGUUUUUAGAAGCAAGCGAGCUGGCUGUCUCUUCGUUUGCUUCGUUUACGGUGUGCUGCACCUGAUAUUAAUUCACACUGCUGUUCGGAGCUCUGUUUUAUGUUUAAUUCAUUAAAUAGUGUGAGUGUGUGUGUGUUUGUUCCAUUUACAAUUUGUACACAGAUCAGACACACACAAAAAUAAAAAAGACCAAAUUUAGAGUUUUCCUAUUUUCUUAUGAAUGCCAUGAAAUAAUUUUGCUAAUGCAGGUGUAUAAAAAAGUAGUAAAACUGAAGAAUAAGCUUUGAUAUUAAAAUGACCUGGAAGGUAUUAUUACAGCUUAACCACCUAGGUGGAUUCAUGUGCUUCAAAACUAAUGUUAAAGGCCAAAAAUGAGUAUUACACUACUGGUUAAUUCAUAUUUCAGAAAAUAUAAUGCUGACAUGUUGUUGUAAAUAACUCAACUGAUUUGCCUGAAAUGCAUACUUAGUUUAUUUUUUAAUAUUGAGAAAGCAAUGAUAUUGGAUGUACUAAUCAAAGCUUUGAAAAACAUGAUGUAAUGUAUUUUCAUGUUCAGUGAAGCACAUUUAUCAUGCCACAGCACUAUAAUCCCUGUCCGUCUUCACUUCCUGUCCUAUAACCUGGAACACAGGAAGUGAGAUUAUAGUAUAGUGGCAAGACACAUUCUUUACCUGAGUGAAAAUAAAGUAAAGGUGAAACAAAA